CUAACCUACCUCGUCGAACGCACCGCCUCCAAGAACCUCCCCGUCUAUGACGAUGUCCGAUCAGGCGGGACGAGGAAGCAGACCCUGAUCAAAAAGAUUGUGGGCAACACGCAGGACCUCAAGAGCGACAUCAUAGAGGAGCUGAAAUUCAAGAAGGAGGAUGUCAAGAUCAAUCCUGUGACGGGACAGGUCGUGAUAAAGGGUUUCCAUCAUGAGAAGGUCAAGAAUUGGCUUGAGGCUCGAGGUUUCUAG